CAUGCAUCAAACAACACGGUUGUGGAUCACGGAAUGUGCAAUCCAAUAGUGCAAACAAUGGAGUUAAUGAAUCAUAACAAUUUAACCCAUGCUGCAAAUUGUAGCAAGUCUGAAGGACAAGAAAGGGAAUCCAGUGGUGGGGGAUGGAGUGGGGCAGUGGGCUCACUCAAUCCAAUCAAACCCCACGAGACGACUCUGAAUCUUCUUCUCCCAUUUCCAACCCAAAACCCUUCUCCCCCACUGACAAACUACAAGAUACUUUCCUUGAAAGCACCAAAGUUUGCACUCAAUCCCAGAAAAAGCAAACCCAAAACCAAAAUUCUUUCCUUUCUUCUUCAACCGUCCGUAACCGUGAAGCUUCCCCCAAUAAAAUGCAGUCGUCCAAUCAAAGAAUCUAAAUCCUUCCUCCACAAGGAGUGCAGUGUAAUCCACCCACCCACCCUUUCCCUUCCUUAUUUCCUUCUUUUAAAAACGCCGUGUCUUCUUCACUCUUGAGCUACCACAGAGGGAAGGGAGUUCGUCAAUGGCGUGAAAGCAACAAUCAAUCGGAAAUCCCCUCCCUUUCCCCCCAACCCUUCUCCCAUAUCCCCAAUUAAAACAGACCCAUUUCAUCUGCUCCCUGAAAAAACAUCAUCCAUUCCGACGAUCGCGCUUCGUGUUGUGGGCGUUUAUGACGGACGCGAGCAGGGGCGAGUACUGUCUUCUUAGCCGGCGGGAGGGUAGAGUUAGUUUCCGGCAACCUGGGAAAGGCGGGAGCGUAUUUCUUGGACGGGAGGAUCUUCGAUUGCAUCAAUGAGAUCACCUCGGCUCUGGCCUUCGCUAGGAUGAACGAUUCCGCUUACCGAGUCGACACCACCUCUCGCCUCGCCCAAUGGCGGAUCGACAACCUCUCCUCUUGCUCUUACCGCAAAUCCGAUCCUUUCAAGAUCGGCAACUGGAAUUGGCAUUUAUCAGUGGAGAAGAACAGGGUGUUGUUUGUUAAACUAUAUCCAGAGAUAUCCAAUCUGACCAGAGAGAAUCCUCCCAUCGCAUCCUUUGUUAUUCGGGUUGUUUGCUCCGCUGGAGGUCGCAAGUCCUUGAUUCAUCCUGAAAUCACAGACAGGCAACUAAAGAGCAACGACGAUUUCGUGUGGGCGAUUGAGGUUCCACUGACUGGCAAAUUCAUCAUCGACGUCGAAUUUCUCGACCUCAAGACUGCAUCACCAGAAGGAGGAGACCCUUGUUCAAUCUGGGGAGAAGGCCUGACGGAGAGACGUUCAAAUGCGACAGCGCUCUCGUCCCUUGCUCGAAUGUUAACCGAAGCCAUCCACACCGACAUCACCAUCAACGCCUCGGACGGCACCAUAGCCGCACACCGAGCUGUCCUGGCGGCGAGAUCCCCUGUGUUCCGCAGCAUGUUCGCGCACAACCUCAAGGAGAAAGAGCUCUCCACCGUCAACAUAUCCGACAUGUCCAUCGAGGCCUGCCAGGCCCUCAUGAACUACAUCUACGGCAGCAUCAGCCACGACGAGUUCAUCGUGCACCGCCUCGCAUUGCUCCGUGCAGCAGACAAGUACGACAUCUCCGACCUCAAGGAAGCUUGCCACGAAAGCCUGUUGGAAGAUAUAGACGCGAAGAAUGUCCUUGAGAGGCUUCAGAGUGCUGCACUGUACCAACUGCCUAGACUGAAGGCCAGCUGCAUGAGGUAUCUGGUGAAGUUUGGGAAGAUCUACGACAUUCGUGACGAUUUCAGUGCCUUCUUGCAGUGUGGAGACAGGGAUUUGAUUGCCGAAGUGUUCCAUGAAGUCCUCAAUGCUUGGAAAGGCUUCUAAGUACUAGUGAUGCUCUUCCAGCUGGGCAUUGGCUUUGGCUGCAGUGAUCCCUGGUUCUGAGUCCCGCUGCUGCUGUUGUUGGUGUCUUGAAUCAUCAAACGGGCGAUUUAUAAUGACGGGGGGUUUGUUUUAUGACGAAACUGUGAAGGAUUUAGGUGGGAAGGUAUAAGGGAGGAAAGGAAGGGAACAGUAUAGUAUAUGCUAUAGAUUGCUUGAUUUGUGUACACUUUGAUGAUCAUGACCUGAUUCUUUUGUGGCCAAAGCAUUGAAAUUUGCUGGUGUACUGAUUGUACAGAUAAUAUUUAGAUUGAAUUCCUCAGGUGGACAACCAGACCACCAUGCUCAUAUGAUAUAUGUAUUGCUAUUUUAUUUAUGUGUACUUAUUCUCACGAUUGGAAUGGAGAUAUGAAAUGUAAUGGUUUCCCAUUGAAUGGUA